AGCGACUCCCAAGUGAAUCGAACACCCACGAAAAAUAUAAAAUCGCGACGAAAACUACCAACUAACUAAGAACGAAACUUCAAAGAGCAAGCAGAAAUAGCAAGCGGAAUAUAUUUUACGAAACAAAAACCACCAGCGAUUAUCUAAUUAAAAUGCAAGUCCAGCGUCUGCUCAUCCUGACCUUUGUCGUUCUGGCCAUGAUCUUGGCCCAAAGUCCCCGGAUUACGGAAGCCCGCCGCCUGAUCUUCUACAAUCCGCAUACCAAGCCACUCACCAGUCAGCUCCUCGUGUCCCGCAGGCUCACGAAACCCUGUCCCGCUGGAAAAAUGAGGGAUCACCGGGAUCGGUGUCGUCGCGCCGUCAUCUUUGGACGCAGCACCUGAGCACCAAGCAGAAAAAUCUCCCUUUUUUAGUAGUAGACUUAUUUUUUUUUUUUUGACCUAGUCGUAAGCUAACUUAUUUUAGUCGUAGUUACGUCACAAUGUGACCGUCGAAGUAUUU